AUGACUCCAAUUGAAGCAUGGACUGGAGUGAAACCUGAUGUCAAACACUUAAGAAGUUUUGGAUGCAUUGUGUAUGCACACAUUCCAAAGGAUGAGAGAAAGAAGCUUGAUUCAAAGGCGAAGAAAUGUGUUCCGCUAGGAUAUGGAACUGAAACCAAGGGAUAUCGUUUAUAUGAUCCUCAGAAUUCAAGAGUUAUAUAUAGUCGGGAUGUUAAAUUCAAUGAAAGUGAAUUUGGCAUUGAGAAGGAGUUGCCAGGGAAUGAAUUUCAGGCUGACAAACAUGUAACUCUCGAACUGUCAAAUGACAAUGAUGUAGUUGUUGAGGAUGAUCAAGCAGAUAAUGCAGAAAUUAACGAGCGCCAACCAGUGCGAGAAAGGCGUGCACCUGACCGUUUUGGUGAAUGGGUAACUAUCGCAAGCAAAGAUGUUGUUGAGCCAACAACAGUAAGUGAAGCAUUGUGUGGUCCAAAUGCAGAACGGUGGCAUGAAGCCAUGCAGCAAGAAAUGGAUUCGCUACAAGAGCAUGAUGUAUGGGAACUCACAGAACUGCCGAAAGAUCGGAAAGCAGUUGGGUGCAAAUGGGUAUUUAAAGUAAAACACAAUGCUGAUGGUUCAAUUGAGAGACAUAAAGCUAGACUUGUUGCUCAAGGUUUUUCGCAAAGAUUUGGGGUGGAUUACGAUGAAACAUUCUCCCCAGUAGUGCGUUUUGAAUCGAUACGGACUGUUAUUGCGUUAUCUGUUCAAAGAGGAUUAAAGUUGCAUCAGAUGGAUGUAACCGCUGCUUUUCUAAAUGGAGAAUUAGAAGAUGAAGUGUAUAUGAAACAGCCUGAAGGUUUUGAAGUUAAAGGGAAGGAACAUCUGGCUUGUAAGCUAAACAAGAGCCUGUAUGGGUUAAAGCAAUCUUCCAGAUGUUGGAAUUCUGUAUUGGAUGAGCAUUUAAAAUCGAUCGGUUUUACUCAAACGGAAAGUGAUCCCUGUAUUUACGUGAAAGAAGAGGACGGUAAUAUUUUUGUUGUUGCUAUUCACGUUGAUGAUAUCAUCCUUGCAGGUAAAACUGAUGAGAAAAUUGCCAAAGUCAAAGAAAGCAUUGCAGAAAGAUUCCAAGUAAAAGAUAUGGGUGAGCUCAAAUAUAUUCUUGGUCUACAAGUGAUUCAAGAGGAUGCUAAGGUGUGGAUUGGUCAACCUACCUACACGGCGAGCAUCAUAAAGAAGUAUGGUAUGGAAAAUUGUAAGCCAGUUGAAACUCCUGUUGAUUUAAGUUCAAAGCUUGUUAGUGCUAUGGAAGACAGUGAACUGUUCAACAAAGAAGAGCAUCAGUCAGCAGUUGGGAGUUUGUUGUAUUUAUCAUCGGCAACACGACCUGACAUAACAUUUGCAGUUAACAAUGUUGCUAAGUUCUCUGCAAAUCCUACGAAUGAACAUUGGACUGCUGUAAAACGAAUUUUCCGAUACCUGAAAGGAACUGUGAACUAUGGACUACUUUACUCAGAGAAUGCUAAUCCAGAUUGUGUUGGAUUUUCAGAUGCGGACUGGGCAGGUGAUUUAAAUGACCGGAAAUCGACUUCUGGUUAUACAUUUCAAAUAAAUGGUGCUGCUGUUAGCUGGCGAAGCAAAAAGCAAACUUGUGUAGCAUUAUCAACAGCUGCAGCUGAAUACGUUGCUUUAUCUGCAGCUGCUCAAGAGGCAUUGUGGAUGCGACAAUUGUUGACAGAUCUUAAUGUAAACAUUGAUGAACCAAUGACCAUUUACGAGGACAAUCAGUCAGCUAUUGCUAUGUCCAAGAACCCACAAUUUCAUGGACGAUCUAAACACAUAGACAUCAAAUAUUAUUUUGUACGAGAUCAAGUAGAAAAGAAAACAUUAACUGUUCUUUACUGUCCAACAGGUAGCAUGUUAGCUGAUUUAUUCACAAAGGGUAUUCCAAAGGAACAAUUUAAGAAACUACGUGAACUAACAGGUGUUGCAAUAAAACCUAAGUAG